AUGAAACAAUCUCAAUCUUGUGAAAUCACUUCUGUAAUCUUCUGGGUGAUUUUUAGUGCUUAUUGUAAAGCUAAUUUGCCUUCCGACGCCAUUAGAGCUUUUAACAACAUGGUCGAUUACGGGAUUCAACCGAGUAUCAAUGAUCUGGACCAGCUUUUGUAUGUGCUUUGCAAGAGGAAGCAUGUGAGGGAAGCUCAAUUGUUCUUCGAUAAAAUCAAGCAUGAGUUUAAUCCCACCGUAAAAACCUACAGUAUUCUGGUUCGAGGUUGGGGCUACAUCGGAGAAGCAAGUGAAGCACAGAAGGUGUUCGAUGAAAUGCUUGUGAGAGGAUGCUCUGUAGAUGUACAUGCUUACAAUAGCAUUCUGGAGUCCUUAUGUAAAGGAGGAAACGUCGAUGAAGCUCACAAGCUAUUCCGAGAUAUGAGAUCUAAAGGACUCGAACCAGAUGCUUUCACUUACUCCAUUUUCAUCCAUGCUGCUUGUGAUGCAAACGACAUCCAUUCCGCCUUUCGAGUUCUUGACAGGAUGAAAAGGUACAAUCUCAUCCCUAACGUCUUCACAUACAACUCCAUCAUCAAUAAACUCUGUAAAUCCGAUAAAAUCGAAGAAGCAUACCAGCUGUUAGAUGAAAUGCUCGAGAGAAAAGUUAAACCAGAUGUGUGGAGUUACAACGCGAUCUUAUCAUUCCAUUGCAAUCGAUUAGAAGUAAACAUGGCUACUAAAUUGGUAUCACGAAUGGAUACAGAUUCAUGUGAACCAGAUCGACAUACCUAUAAUAUGUUGCUUAAAAUGUUGAUUAGGGUAGGGAGGUUUGAUAGGGUCACGAGUAUAUGGGAGAAAAUGGAGAAAAAUGGUUUUCAUCCUUCUGCUUCAACGUAUGCUGUUAUGAUUCAUGGUUUUUGUAGGAAGAAAGGGAUGGUUGAAGAGGCAUGUAGAUAUUUUGAAAUGAUGGUUGAUGAGGGGAUACCACCAUAUUCUUCUACUUGUGAGGUUUUGAGGAACAAAAUUAUAGGAUUAGGGUUUGCAGAGAAAGUGGAGAUACUUGCAGAGAAGAUGGAAAGAAGUAGUUCUUGUUCGAUACAAGAUCUUUCUUAUAUUAUGAGAGGUAAUAUGAAGAAUAUAAAGUCGAAAAAGGAAGAGAAUAGCGCAGAAGAGAGCGAUUAUUGA